AUGAGUGCCACCAAGGCGCAGUCGCAGAAGAUUUUUGAGAAAUUGAAGACCAAGCCCGCAAACAAAGUGCGUUGCCCCGCGACAACGCCACGCCCCCUUUGGCAACGACACCUGUUAUGCUUCGAUUGCGGAUCUAAGAACCCGACUUGGUCGUCAGUCCCUUUUGGCAUCUACCUGUGCUUAGACUGCUCGUCGCACCAUCGCAACCUAGGCGUCCAUAUCUCCUUCGUUCGGUCGACGACUCUGGACCAAUGGCAAUGGGAACAGCUUCGAGUGAUGAAAGUGGGUGGCAAUGAAUCCGCCACAAAGUUCUUUCAAUCUCACGGAGGCUCUGCGGCGCUGGCUAGCAAGGACCCAAAGGUCAAGUAUGGAUCCAACGCUGCUACCAAGUACAAGGAGGAACUUAAGCGACGGGCUGCUUUAGAUGCGAAGGAGUUCCCCGAAGAAGUUGUUAUUACUGAUAUCACUGGCACUCCUGGCGAUGGCGCUGCAACGCCGGCCGGCGAGCCUGACGAUGAUUUUUUUUCUUCAUGGGACAAGCCCGCUAUUAAACGCCCCAGCAACCCCCCUUCGCGAGUCGGUACACCUUCAAACGCCAGCCGCACCGCAUCGCCCUUCCUGAAUCCAGGCUCAAACGGAAACGGUACACGGCCGAAAUCACCUCUAUCGGAUGGCAAGGACAACUCUUCACCUCCCCCAACUGCAGUCCGAACUGGUAGCGUCGUACGAAAGGGUCCUACAGGCGCUGGCGCGAAAAAGGGUAACAUCUUGGGCUCGAAGAAGACGCAAAAGCUGGGCGCUAAGAAGGUUACGAGCGGCGAUGUUAUCGAUUUUGAUGAGGCUGAGCGCAAGGCUAAAGAGGAGGCGGAGCGUAUAGAAAAACUUGGCUAUGACGCGGAAGCUGAACAAGCGGAGGCGGAAGCCAAGGAGAAAGCGGCAACAAAGAUUGCGUCUCCUACCCCUAUCAGCCCCAGCAGAGCCGGUUUCGGGGCUACAAGUAAAGCACCUGAACGAAGCUCAGCUGAUGUGGAGCGUCUCGGUAUGGGCAUGAGCCGUCUCGGAUUCGGCCAAGUGUCCAAGCCAGUUAUUGCAAAGAAACCUGGAUUUGGCGCUGUAGCGCCUGCACGUUCGGCCAAUGAUGACGCGGAGCUCGAGCAGACAAGGACUCGGUUUGGUACCCAGAAGGGUAUCUCGUCGGAUGAGUUUUUCGGGCGUGAUAAAUUUGACCCUUCAGCACAAGCCGAAGCCAAGUCCCGCCUGCAGAAUUUCGAAGGAGCCUCAUCUAUAUCCAGCAACGCAUACUUUGGUCGUCCCGAAGAAGAUUACCCUACUAUUGAUGACGGCUACGGCGAUCUCGAGACUGCGGCAAAGGAUUUCGUCCGCAGGUUCGGAAUCACAGCUGGCGAUGAUUUGGAAAACUUGUCGCAUGUUUUGGGCGAGGGUGCUACCAAAUUGCAAGGCGCCAUCCGUAGCUACCUCAAUAGCUAGAUGAUUUGAUGAGAUUCUAAGGAUACCAUGUUUCCGGCGUUUCCUUUCAAUUUGUUAACAUUCAGCACAAGGGUGUUGCUGGUGUACUGUUUGUCCAGUUCUGCAAGAGAUCAUCAUUUACUUCUUUUCUUUCGAUAGGCUGUAGAGUUUACCAAUGCUUGUCAAAAAUUUGGUAUAAAAUAGUCAGAUAUUUAUAUGUUUAUAGAUAAUC